CCUAUUGGGUCUUUAACUUUUUGCAACACUGUGCCGGUUUAUGUUCAUUAAAUUUGAGAGAAGAAUUCUGCAGAGAACUUAUACAGUAUUUCCUGCAAAAUACCGCGCGGUUUUAUAAACAACACAAUUAUUUACAUUAAUUAAUAAUAGUUUAAAAAGCGUAUCCAAAUAUUUCUACAAAAAGUUCAAAGUUUCUUUUACCAAAUUGUGCUCAAAUGGCGUGUAAAGUCUUUUGGGUACUGUUUGCCAUUGUGGCUCUAAGCAGCGCGGUAGCAUCAACAAAGUUGAACUAUCCUCGCGUGCUACUUCCGAUAUUUAACCAAAUAUCAGUAAAUUUUACAUUGGAAGUGAUUGAAAAAGGAUGUUUUAAAUGGACGUCAUCACGGCAAGAUUUAAUACUUAUUACCCCACUUUAUGAAGAUGUAGAAAGUGAAUGCUCAUAUCGUGCAACAGUGACAGUGUUAACACGCGAACGUCGCCACAAUGCAGCUAUUGUCUUGGCAGAGGACCUUACCACUGGCGAAUCGCUGCGUUGUGAUGUCAUACUUGAUGUUAUCGACAAAUUGGGAGUGCGCACAACCACCCGACAACUGUUUCUUGAAGAAGCGCCGGAAACCUUCGAAUUGCGUGCUGAAGACUCACAAGGCAAUGAGUUUACCACUUUGGAAGGAAUUGAAUUUAGCUGGGUAAUCUCUUCUUUGGGCGGACGUAGUGGAAUUAAAAAUUUUGCAUCAGCCUUAAGGUUUCUAACAUUUGGCGAAAGCCCUUACCAUGCGGUGCCGCCGGCAUUAGAAAAAUUCGAGGCACAGCGUAUGAAAGGUUACAUGGUGUUGCUGGAGGGCAUCAACACUGGCACUGCUAAGGUUACCAUAAGCAUACCACACCCUGAGUAUAGUCACGUGCCAAAAAUGGAAGUUUAUAUUAAUGUGCUUGCUAAUAUCAUACUCGAGCCAUCGGAUGUACAUCUGCUCUCUGGUGACAAAAUUAAUUUCCGCAUACUACAAUUGAAAAAGGGCAAACUUCAGGAAAUUUCUUUAAAUGAUCAAUAUUUCCUUGAAAUUGAAAACACUAAUGUGGCUACAAUAAAAGGCACCAGUAUAACCGCUUUAAAGCUUGGCACAACAACAGUGGUUCUGCGUGAUCGCAAUGCGCCUAUCGACGAGGAAAACAGUAAUUUAGAUAGCGCGAUCGUAAAAGCUUCAACACCUAGUGCACGUGUCACGGUCGCUGAGCCUGUACGUUUGGGUCUAAGCCUCUUGCCGCACAACAACUGGAUCACAGUAGAGGGGGAGAAGCAUGAAAUAGCUCUGGACUUAUACACACGCGACGACAAAAAGAUUACAUUGGGCUCUCAAUUCGCUAUGCAAUCGGAAUUUGAUGAAGUGCUCUUCUAUAUAAUACAGAAAAAUAAAAAUGGUAGUCGUAUAUAUGGUGAAGCUAUACGUCAGGGCAUUUCGCCAGUCUACGGUUCCUUUAAAGAGUUGACUGCCCAAGCAGAGUUACAAAUACAUAGUGAACUUCUGCUUUCACCGAGUAAAGUCGUGUUACCCUUCGAUCCAAAUGUUUCCAAAGUGCAAAAAAUACAAUUUCACGCACGUGGUGGCGAUGGAAUAUACACAUGGCAUUCGCAAAACCAACGCACUCUACAUAUCUCACAAACGGGUCUUGCCACUACGGUUAUACGUCACACAGACGGUAAACGCCCGCCAGCGGAUACGCUGGACGAAAUCUCUUCACUAGCCACACAUGCCAGCAUUAGGGUGGCGUUAUCGAAAAAUCUUAAAAUAACACGUCAAGCGGAUGUGUAUUUUGUGCCUCCCUUUAAAUUGGAAAUCAUCAAAUAUAACUUUGAAACUGCGCUAAAAGAUUAUGUGCGUCUGCAUGUAGCCGUGUACGCUAAAGUAAAUCAAACGCUUGUGGCCUACACACGUUGCGAAAAUCUAGAAUUCGAUUUUGAAUUUUCCAACAAGAUCUUCCAAGUGGAUACCAAUGAGCAGACUACGCAAAUGUUCAAUGACGCCUGUCAAGUUGUGCAUCUACGCAGUACUGCUGUUGGCUUAACUAAUUUGCGCGUGUCUUAUAAAUUCCAAGAUCGUGAGCUCAAAGAUGAGGUGACAUUAAGUGUGUUUGAACCACUUUCAGUGCUAAAUCCAAGUGCUAAUGAAGUCAUAUUGCCAAUCGGUGCGUCGCGUAACGUUAUCUAUGAGAAUGGCCCACAAAAAAUGUUUACUUUGGAAAGUGACCUAACCAAAUCGCUUGAAUACGAUAGUGUUGUUGCUCAGGUUAGCGAAAUGAAAUUCGACACACAAGAGCCGCUGCAUGUCUUCAAUGUGAUGUGCCUCAAAAUUGGCAAAACCACAUUAAGCUUCAAUAUACAUAACGUUUUGAGCGACUCAAAUUUCCAACCGUAUAUUUCGAACUUUGCCACCACUGUAUACUGUGUGAAGCCACGUUUCCUCAAUCUCUAUGCUACCGAGCAGUUGCGUACCUCAUGUCCAAUGGAGGUGAAAAAUUCAUUGUUGCACAUAAAAGAACGCGAUGACAAGUUCGAAAUCGAAAUUGAGGUGCAAGAUUCGAAAAAUCGCAAAUUGAUGAACAUCACUUCAUUGUUUAUUGACUGGGAAUUCAACGCCGGCGACGAACGCUAUCAAAAGGAUGCGAUAAUGCAUUACCGUCGUACAGAGGAAGAGCUGUACGAGGGUGUGCGUUUGCCUGCACGUGAUGUGCUCAUUACCACGAUAGCGAAUGUGGCACAAAAUUUCCGUAUCAAAGGCAUAGUUACGCGUUAUGAUGCAACGGUCCUGAAAAAACAUAACAUUUAUCCAGAUGAACCAAAUUUCGCUGUGAAGAAUGCCAAGACAGGUGAGAUGUAUACACCAGUUAUAGAGAAUGAAAUACGCUUUAUGGCUGUAAACAGCACACUUUUCCCCAGCGAUCAUAUUAGCAUUUUUAUGGCCAAGAAUCGACGUGAACGCAUACCAAUUACUCAGGGUAGUGGAUUCUAUGAAUUCGAGUUAUAUGACCAAAAUGUUGUUAGCGUGGAAUAUGACGCGAAGGAGAAGGAGCUUGUAGUUACACCGUUGCGUGUGGGACAUGCUCGUCUCGAGGUUAUCGACCGUUGUCUAAUGACUGAACCAGCACAUCUUUCAAUAUCGGUUGUUACGAUCGGCUCUAUUCGCGUUGACGCACCCGAUCGUGUUGAGCGCACAAAAUCCAUCGAGGCCAUCGUCAAGCUUUACGACUCCAAUGACAAUUUGUUGCAAAUCGAUCCGUUCAACUUGCAUAUGUACGAAUUGUCCGAGGAGAUAUUUAACGCGGAUAUACUCAGUGUAAGCUUGGGCGAGCAAUACGAUCUGCAGAUAGGCGAAGUGAAAUACAUUAUAACGGGCAAUAACCUUGGUGAGACGAAAAUCGUUUUUACUGCCGGAAGCGAAGAUUUGAAGGUUGGCAGUGAACCAGUCAAUGUGCAGGUAUUCCCACCACUUCGGCUUUACCCACGCAAUUCCACACUGGUGGUGGGUUCUAGUCUACAAAUUUACUACCACGGUGGACCACAACCGGAUGUUAACAUUGUCUAUUAUGUGCAUGACAGAAAAGUUAUUUCAAUGGAGUCGGCUAUUGUUACGGCGCAUAAGCUGGGCACAACCAAAAUCACCGGUAAAUGUAUUAUGACAAAUCCCGGAAAUGGCAAAGAAGUGGUCAUAUCCGCUGACAUAGUGGAAGUGCAUGUCGUACCGUUUGUGAAUAUACAAGUUAAGACACCGUUAGUGCGCAUACGUAGCGGUGCAGUGAUGCCGGCCGCUGUGUGGGGUGUGCCUGAUCUCUCGCCCAUGGUGUUGGGCACUUUGGAGAAUAUGCGUGUGACCUGGGCAACAAAUCAACCGGAUGUAGUGGACAUUUACAAUGUAUUUGCGGAUUCAGGCGUUGAAUACGAUACCACGGAUCUGAUAUCAGUGCGCGUCAAAGCUUUAAAUCCCGGAAAGGUUAAAAUUCAGGCUACAGUCGAGUUAUCCACCGGUCAGAAAAUAACAAACUCGGUGGAAGUUGUCGUUUUCAAGAUAUUGGAACUUGAGUCGCCCAAACACAUAACAAUGGACUGGAUUUUAGUAGCGCCGCGCAGCACGCUACAAUUAAAAGCCAAUUUAGAUGACGUCAUCUACAAACUAGACAGCGAUAGCACUGGCAUCGUUAAGGUGUCUACAGAUGGCGUUAUACGCACGCAGGAUACGCUAGGACGCGAUUUGAUUAUUGCCAAAACCUUCGAACAAACCCUACCAAUUGGCGUUGAAGUGAAGAAUAUACAAUACAUUUUGGCUUCCCUGGCCUAUCCCACAUCGCGCUUGAAGCAAAGCGAAGCAAAAAUUCCACGUGGCAUGCAUUUCGUAUUGAAAAUUUCGCUACACGACAAUUUGGGCAAUGAAUUCUCGCACAAUAUUGAGGAUGUUAAUGGCUUGAAGUAUGACUUGUCGCGCAAGGAUAUUGUGGACGUACAAAUCGGCAGUAAUCUCACAAUUGCGAUAAAUCUGCCGCGUGAAACAAACAACAUGAUUGCCAUCAGCUUAAGGGAUACGACUGGAGUUAAACAUGCUGAGGAUUACAUCAAGCUGUCAGUGGCAGAAUCGAAGAACACGUUUCCAACUAAGACGAUUUUCUCUGUGGGCGACAUCGUUUGCUUCGACUCACCGCUGACAUUGUCAUCGGUUUGGAGCAGUUCGGAUGAGCAAAUUAUUGCAAUUGACAAAUUUACAGGAGUUGCACGUGUGCUGGGCAAUCGCUUGAAAUUGGGCGAGAAAAUCGUCGUUUCUAACGGCGAUAAGGCCAGUGGCAGUUCCAUAAAAUACGAUGUCGAAGUUCGUGAUGCGGAUGUGAUUCAAUUAUUGAAAUCAUUCGAUAUAUUUAGCGGUUCAACGUAUCGAGGACAUUUGGUUGUGCGCAAUCAUUUGCAAGUGGAUAAGUUUACCAACUUGCUCGCCAGAAAUAUUUCGAAAUGUUCGAGUGCCCUUGAACGCAUGUCUACGGUUAAACUCUUUUCGUGCCGCUUCGCAUCCAAACAGUCCUUGGGCCGAAAGCUACUCGAGCAUUAUGUGGUAACGCCCAUAUUCGAGGCCACCACCGGACGCUAUGCGUGUCAGAUUGAAUUGUCGUCGAAUUUCAAUGAAGUACUCAGCAUUGUGAAGACUAAUGAUGUCCACUUCGAUUUGGAGGCCCAGCUGCCGAACGGUUUAUCGGAUGUUAUGUCGUUGAAAUUUGUACCCGGUGUGCGUGUUACACCGGAAGCACUGGAGGCCACUGAGUUGCAAGAACAAGAUUUAACAAUCACUGGACUGGAUAAAGUGCUACAGAAGGUGGAGGUGAAAGCAUCGGAUGCAAAAUAUUUGCAAGUCAUACAACAAGUAAAGGCGCACGGCUCCUUGCAGUACAAGGUAAAGAUACUGCACGAACUGCCAACGGAUGAGCAAUUAUUUAUCCGUGUCCAUUCACCAACAACUCUACAAGACAUUGAGAUCCCCAUACUGGGCGCCAACACGCUGCUGCAAACUUGCUCCGCACAACCGUUUAGCAAUUCAUCAUCGUUUUUCGUGAAGGUUGUGUCGAAUAUUGGGCUCAUCGUCACAGCGCUGGUCGCGCUGGGAUUCACUGUUUGGUUGUAUGUAUUCCUGAGUCCACAGCAGAGCUCAACGGAAAUCAACGCUGACGUUUUCUCCACCUCCAUGAAGAAUAAGUCGCGCAAUACCAGCACACCGACCACACCAGCUUCGCAAGGCAGUCCGACGACUCAGAUGUAUCCCAAUCUGUCACCCUAUUAUGGUCAACGGCGAAGCCCCAAUAGUUCAAACGGUUUAUCGUCUGGAAUUGAUACACAAGUUUAUGGCGAUUCGAUAUUGAUGUCACCGCAGCAGCGUGUAAAUCGCCGUUAUUUAUAAGCGUAACGCAUAUAAUUUAUGUUUCUCCUAUUUACUUUAUAUCUGUUUCUGUGCCCUCAUUGUACUCAUAUUUUUAUUAUACACGUUUUUGUUUUUGCUUUUUUAUUUUUUAAUGGAAGUUAAAUUUUUAGUUUCAUUCAAAUUCAAAACAUGUGUAAUUUCUGAAUUAUAAGUUUUUUUUUAAUAAUAUUUGCACUUUUUUAGCAUUAUCUUUUCGAAUAAGUUUCAUACACUGAACGCUUUCGUAAUUGGAAAAGUUCACUUGUCAUCAAUGUCCUUUUAUGGGAGCCUUCGCCGUGAAAGUUUGUAUUCAUUAUCAAUUUAUAUAAGCAUGUAGUUUAUUGUUUGUGUCUAACUUUUUCCCACUUAAUAUGAUUUAAAAAUAGUUUUAAGUUAUUCGCGUAAUCUUGUAAGAUGUUCCAAGUGAAGACUUUUUGUAAUGCCAAUAAAAAAAAUUAACUAACAAUAACGAAUUACUGAUGUGAAAUUUUCUUUAAUUAUAAUAUUAUAUAUCACGCUAUAAUUAGUUUCAUUACUUUAAAUUAAUAAAACAAAAAUCUUAUUUGUUUCAAGGUAAGCUCACAUAACCUGUAACAGUUUUUAACAAUAAAAAUAAUAAAAAAUUAGGUAAAAUUUAUAUCUACAAUCUAUAGAAACAAAAAAAAAUGUUUAUUGUUAAUUUUAACAUUUCCAAUUUUAAGCAUAUUAUUUCAGUAGAAUAAUAACUAUUUAAUACAAUAAUAAGGUAUAUAUUGAAGUUAAAAAUAAAUCAUAAGUACACCCAUAAAGCAGCUUAUAGCCAUAAUAUAGUCAAGAAGUUCUAUGAAAUAGUUUUUACUGCUAAUAAGUGAGGUUAAAUUCAGUUUAGUUUAACUUUCAUUUUCAUAUUUUUAGUGAAAAAAUAUUUUUAAUAAUAUGACCAAUAUUGUAAGUAUCAUUGCUGUUAAUUAUAAGUUGAUACAAUUGAGUUAAAUUAUUAAAACAGAGAACAUCCCUAAUGUAAGCAAAAAAACAAAAGCAAUUAUUUUUAGACUAUAGUCUAGAAACUCUUGAUACUUAUGCUAAGCGAAAACACACGCGUUGUAAAGAGAACUUUUAAAUAUAAGGAUAACCCUAAUGUAAACCAUUAUAUUCAUAUAGUGUCGAGCAAGCCAUGUAUCGAUAUAUGUAAAUGGAAUAUGGUAUAAUGUAAUAUAUAUGGUUAAGAUAUAUACUUUGCUUGAAAUAUUUUAUUAAAUAUCAUGAUUUAUAUGUCUAAGUUUUUUUUUUGUUUUUACAAAGGCCCCUGAAGUCUCAGUUUUUGCCCUAAAAAAUUAACCAACUUAAACAAGGCCUUUAUUA